UUCCCCGCCGCGGCCGAGGCGCCCCGGAGCCAUGGCCGGCCGGAGCUGCGGGGUCACGCUCACACUGCUGGGGGUCCUGCUGCUGGGAGCGGCGCGCCCGCCGGGUGGAGCGGAAGCUUAUGUGCUCGGUCUGUCCCAAAGAACCAACAUCACGAUCGUUAUAAAGCCGGGGCUCCUACCUCUGGCAGCGAAGCCCUGUUACCUGAUCGUAUCUGGAAAAUACGUGAACAUGCUGCUCAUCAAAUCUGGAGACAGAAAGGAAUUUUUCUUUUCCUGCCGUGAUCCAGAGACUCGCUUUGUCACUGAAGUCCUGAGGGACAUUGACUGCACAUCAGUCCCGUGUCCUUUCGGGGAGUUCGAGCUGCGGCCCCUAAUAUCGAUGUUGCCCCCCCUCAACCGAACUUUCAUCUGGGACGUCCAAGCUGGCAAGAGCACCAGUCUGGAGCUGAGGUUCUCCAGGCCUCGCCUCAGGCAGAUCGGGCGAGGGGAGAGCUGCCCAGACAGAGUCACUUACACCAUCAGCGGCCACAUCGGUGCCACCGAGGUCCGGAUCGGAACCUUCUGCAGCAACGGCACCGUGUCCCGGAUCAAGAUGCAGGAGAGCAUCAAAAUAACCUUACAGCUGCCGUGGUUCGACAACAGAGACUACUCCAGCUUCAGCAUGUCAAGCCAGUCAUCCAUAAAACGACUGUGCUUCAUCGAAUCUGUGUUUGAGGGUGAAGGCUCAGCAACCCUGAUGUCUGCCAACUACCCGUUUAGCUUCCCUGAGGACGAGCUCAUGACAUGGCAGUUUGUCAUCCCCGCGCACCUGCGGGCCAGCGUCUCCUUCCUCCAGUUCAAUAACUCCAACUGCGCGAAGAAGGAGGAACGUGUUGAGUACUACAUCCCAGGCUCCACCACCAACCCCGAGGUGUUCAAGCUGGCGGACAAGCAGCCCGGGAACAUGGCUGGGAACUUCAACCUCUCUCUGCAAGGCUGUGACCAAGAUGCCCAAAAUCCAGGGAUCCUCCGGCUGAAGUUUCAAGUUUUGGUCCAAUGUCCACAAAAUGAAAGCAAUGUAACCUACGAGGUUGACUUGAGUAACGAGCGAGCCAUGUCGAUCACCAUCGAGCCGAGGCCCGUGAAGCUGAGCCGCCGGUUCGUCCCCGGCUGCUUUGUGUGCCUGGAGUCCCGGACCUGCAGCCCCAACCUCACCCUGACACACGGCUCCAAGCACAGGAUCUCCUUCCUCUGUGACAACCUGACGCGCCUGUGGAUGAACGUCGAGAAAACCAUAAGCUGCAUGGACCACCGGUACUGCCACAGGAGGUCCUACUCCCUCCAGGUGCCCAGGGACAUCCUCCAGCUGCCCGUGCAGCUGCACGACUUCUCCUGGAAGCUGCUGGUGCCCAAGGACAGGCUCAGCCUGGCGCUGGUGCCGGCCCAGAAGCUGCAGCAGCACACGCAGGAGCGGUUCUGCAACACCAGCUUCAGCUACCUGGUGGCCGGCGCUGGCCCGGGCCAGGACCUCUACUUCGGCUCCUUCUGCGCCGGAGGCUCCAUCGAGCAGAUCCAGGUGAAGCAGAACGUCUCGGUGACCCUGCGCACCUUCGCCCCCAGCUUCCAGCAGGAGCUCUCCAGGCAGGCCCUGACCGUGACCUUCAUACCCUACUUCAAAGAGGAAGGUAUUUUCACGGUGACCCCGGAUAUGAAAAGCAAGGUCUACCUGAUGACCCCUAACUGGGAGCGGGGCCUGCCGUCCCUGGCCUCGGUGUCCUGGAACAUCAGCGUGCCCAGCGACCAGGUGGCCUACCUGACCUUCCUGAAGGAGAGGACCGGCCUGGUGUGCCAGACGGGGCGCGCGUUCAUGAUCAUCCAGGAGCAGCGGACCAAGGCCGAGCAGAUCUUCAGCCUGGAGGAGGUGCUCCCCAAGUCCAGGCCCCACCAUCACAACUUCUGGGUCAACAUCUCCAACUGCAGCCCUGUGAGUGGCAAGCAGCUGGACCUGCUCUUCCAGGUGUCGCUUACCUGGAGAACGCUAGACAUGACUGUCAUCCUCAUCGCCGUGGUGGGAGGGGGCGUCUUGCUGCUGUUUGCCCUCGGACUCAUCAUUUGCCUUGUGAAAAAGAAUAGGAAAAAGAAGAUGAACAAGGGCCCAGCCAUAGGUAUCUACAAUGGCAACAUCAAUACCCAGAUACCGAUGCAGCCAAAAAAGCUUCCGAACGUACAAAAGGACAAUGAUGCCCACGUGUACGCCGUCAUCGAUGACACCAUGGUGUACGGGCAUCUGCUGCAGGAUUCCAACGGGUCCUUCGUCCAGCCCGAGGUGGACACCUACCGGCCCUUCCAGGGCCCCACAGAGGACUGCCCUCCCUCCUUCCUCAUCCCAUAUUCCAAGGUCCCAACUGUAAAGCUGACCACAGAGGAGCCAGCCCCUGGCUUCAGUCCUGAGUCUGACAGUGAACCGUACACCUUCUCCCAUCCCAGCAAGCAGGACGGAAGCGACGGGAACACAGACAUCCCCUUGCUGGAUGCCCACGAGCCAGCGGAGACUGGGGAAUAGCUUGGACCCCUCCCCAAGACUGUGCGUAAAGCAGGGCACUGAGACGCCCUGUACGGUGCUCACCAGAAAUCCUAAAGAAGAGGAAUUGUAUGGAAGGAACAGCAGGAGGUUUUCCUGGACACCACCAACUUCUGAUUUCCAAGUGGACUUAUUCUGACGAUAAGACGUUGGAAAUGAAUUAUGGUCUGGAUACAGUCAUCACGGCUCAUGUCCUUCUAAACUCAGGUUGGGUUAGAAACCUGCCCGUAAUGAGAGAGACGUGUGAGCCACCCCGGUGCAGGGUUGCAGCAAGCCCCGGAUUGGGGUUUGGACCUCUGUGUGAGGCGGGGCAUUCUUCUGCCUACACACCGUCCUGACAUGGCAGGAGAGACUACAAAACGAUCCAGCCCACAGGUGGGCUUUGUUUAGCCAACAGAAUCUUUUUUCAGCAUUGAUUAUUAACAUUUAAAAUGUUUACAUAACAAUCCAGAUCCUUAGACCUGGCCUUGCUGGGGCUCACAGUCUCACCCAGCAAUGGCUGCAUUGAGAAACAGCGCCACUUUAGCUGGGGCAUCUGGUCUACCAGCUCACCACGGUUCCCACCACUCCCUGUCGCCUCCCGCACUGAGGCUCAUUGUCUGUUUGCAUCAAUCCGCUUCCCCACCGAGUUGCUUCUCUCAUAAUGAAAGGAAACGUUUGGGACCUGUAUCUCGUAUCAAAUGAGAAGACAGGCCUCGCGGCUGGCGUGUGUUUCAGGAACGUUUUCUUACUCACAGGCCACACCCCUCAUGGACUGUAAUUGCCAGCCCGGCUCCUGUGGGGACCCGUGCCCUCACCUGGGAGGACACAGACUGUGCUAUGGCUUGUCAGCACAGUCCCAGGUUCAGUACUCCUGGGGCAGAACCUCCUUUGCAAAGUGAGUGCGCUUCGUCGAGUUCAGUGAAUUCACCUUGGACUUGUUCAAGCAGCACCUGGACUUGUUCAUGUGCUACUUUGCCUCCAUGAAAAGGAGGCAAUCUCCUCUGUGGUGUGUAUUCUGAGGUCUCUUGAACUCUUUCCAAAAGGAAGAGUUUGGUGUGUGUGUGUGUGUGUGUGUGUGUGUGUGUGUGUGUGUGUGUGUUUCAUUGUGCCCUCAGCGCUACUCGGCCUAUGGCACCUUUCUCUUCUGAAAGGCUGGCUCCUGCGCAGUCCCCCCGUCCCCCAUGUCCUCCCCCUGAACCUCCCGGCCUUGGCCUCCCAACCUGAGAUGUUGACAGUCCCUGUCAUGAAAGGCCGGAGCAAAGCUGUGGCGUCCUUCCCUCCACUGAAAUCGCAUCGUUGUUUAAAAUCACCGGUGGAGCCCUGGCCCUCCAUUCCCUACCUUCCCUUGCCUCCUGGUUCGCUGGGUUGGUGCUCUGCCUUCUGCCCCAAAGUGUGGCUGGCCGUCUUUGGUGUGGCUGUCAUCGCACACAUCCCUUGAAUGACAAGGGCCCCACGUGACCAUUUUCUUCUAACCGAGGGUGCCACACUGCAGGCAGUCUUCCGAGACCCCGGGUGGAUCUCCCGUGUUCUGAAGAUACGCCUCCUGGAAGGCGCCCGCCCGACGUACUCGUGGCUCCUUAAACCCCAAUGCUUAACUGGGAAUAAUUUAUUUGUUAUAGAUAGUUUUUAAGUAGCCUUUUAUUUCCUACACUUUUUUAAAUAAACAAAUGAACAACAACA